AUGGGUUCCGAGGGGCCUUCUUCUCCUGUCACCACCGUCCAUGUCACUGGAUUCAAGAAGUUCCAUGGGGUCGCUGAGAACCCCACCGAGAAAAUCGUACGCAAUCUCCCAUCAUUCAUGGAGACGAAAGGGUUGCCCAAAGGCCUUGCGCUUGGGAGCUGCACCGUCCUUGAGGCUGCCGGGCAGGGUGCGCUUGGUCCGUUGUAUGAAUUGCUGGAAUCAACUGUCUCCGGCCGGGAAUGUGGGAUGCCAAGUCAGGAGCGAGUAAUUCUGCUCCAUUUUGGUGCCAACAGUGGUUCACAUAGGUUUGCUCUUGAGAAUCAAGCUGUUAAUGAAGCUGCUUUCCGUUGCCCUGAUGAGCUUGGAUGGAAACCACAGAGGAUGCCUAUCAUAUCAUCUGAUGGAAGCAUAUUACACGCAAGACAGACUACGCUGCCAGUGAACGAAAUAAGCAAGUCGCUCCGACAAAUGGGAUAUGAUGUGAUGCCUUCAGAUGAUGCUGGCCGAUUUGUGUGCAACUAUGUCUAUUAUCACUCGCUUAAGUUUGCAGAGAAACAUGGCAUCAGGUCUCUCUUCGUUCAUUUCCCCCUCUUCUUGGCAAUUGAUGAGGAAGUUCAGAUGCAAUUUGUUGCUUCCCUUCUUGAAGUCCUCGCUUCCUUGAACAUACAGUAA